GAGCUGACAAAUAAAAGCUGAGCAUUAAGGUAAAUCACUUCGUUUUUGUUUUUUUGGGUUCAGAAGAAACUAACAGUGCUUUUGUAAAUUUCUGAAUCAGAAAGUGAUUAAAAUCUACCUUCAGUCCUCCGUGUUAACUAAAUAUGUGACGGAAGCCCGAGGUGUGUUCCAGAAAAAUGAGCCUGACCGGCUUAUUUACCGACAGCGUCCUUGUGUUUACUGUCAGUGAAAACCUGCCCAUGAAAUAUUCAACAAACCGCACCACCGCAACAUUUUUACCUGCAUUAUGCUCCAACAUGCCUCUGCUAACGGAAACGCCAGAUUUAUACUCUAUGCAAACUGAUUUUAGAUAUUUUAGCAGACGAAAUGUGGAGAAAAAACGCCGGUCGCUGCACAAAAUCACAGCGGAUAUGAAAGGUCUGGAGGCUCUUGAAACAAAAAGACAAAAUCCUGUAAACCAAAAGGGACGUUAGUAUAGAUGGAGAAUGGUUUUCUUCUUGUUACAUCAGCAUUUAUGUUAUAACACAUUACUUUGGUUAGGAUUUAGAGUCUUAAACGAGUAGGAGAAAACACAACUGCAGCCAUGUUUGAGGCGGCAGCAGAACGGCGGGGUUGGGUUGUCUCUUCACGGUUCUCAUGUGUGUUAUAAGUCCCGCCUCCUGCUCUGAACCGAACAUUAACUGAGAAACAUGGCAGAAGAAGCUCCAGCAGCAGCACCGGCUAAAGCCCCGGCAAAAGCCCCGAAGAAGAAGUCCGCUCCCCGGGCUAAGAAAGAUGGACCUAGUCUCUCUAAAGUCAUCGCGGCCUCCGUGGCCGAUUCCAAGGAGCGCAAGGGGAUGUCUCUGUCGGCGCUCAAGAAGGUCCUGACUGGGAAAGGAGUAGAUGUGGCCAAGGCUAACAAGCGCAUCAACACCGCUGUCACCAAGCUGGUCACCGAAGGAACCCUGAGCCAGACUAAAGGGACCGGGGCAUCCGGCUCCUUCAAGCUGGCAAAGAAGGAGCCCAAAGCCGCCAAGCCGGCCAAGAAGGUGGUGAAGAAGGCUCCCGUCAAGGCAAAGAAGCCCGCCGCCAAGAAGGCCACCACUCCCAAGAAAGCCGCUGCUAAGAAACCGGCAGCGGCCAAGAAGUCCCCGAAGAAGGUUCCGGCUAAGAAAGCGGUGAAGAAGGUGGUGAAGAAGAGCCCCAAAAAGCCCGCCGCUAAGAAGCCAAAGGCUGCCAAGAAGCCUGCAGCCAAGAAAACGGGAGCCAAGAAGCCCGCAGCUAAGAAGGCCCGGAAGUAAACAGCUGCUUCAACUCAGUGCACCAAAGGCUCUUUUCAGAGCCACCACACCUUCACCCAAAGACAUGAUUCCUCAUAAGUUUCCAGUCUGGUUACUUUAGUAGAAACAUUUUUAGGCGGUAAUUUAUCAAGUAUUAUGGACGGUUUAUAUCACACUGGUAACAUGAGUAAAGUCAUAAAGCAGCACAAAAUAACUAAGCAACACCAGAUUAGUAGUUGAUACAUUCAGCUAUUUACAAUUAGCUGCUUUCAGUAAAUCAAAUAGUUUUUUAGGAGGAGGGGUCAGUUCACAAAUUUGUUCUUAUGUUGCUCUUUUGUAGCUAUACUUAAAUCAGUGCCUCAGUUUCAUUUUAUAACUAGGUAUUUAUAUUUGUUAUGGAUUCUUAAAAUACCUAAAAUAUAAAGAAAAUAUUUUUUGAAAACUAUACUAUUCCCCAUUUUCAUUUAUUUUGGUUCUGGUCCCAAUUUGGGUCAGUUGACUCAAAAUAUGACAGAUUAGGCCAAAAAUAAGUUGCUGAGGUAAUAUUUAUGAGUCACAAACACAUUACAGUUCAUUGUGAGUGUACAAUAAAAAACUACUUUAAAUCUUUGAUAGUAAGAGCACAUGACAAAUGCUUUUCCCACAGAAAGUGACUAAUAAAUUUAAGAGCUUGC